GCCAGACUAGUUGUCUCUGGAGUGCCUGAAGCAAGGAUGGAUCAAGAGACUGUGGGCAAUGUUGUGCUCUUGGUCAUUGUCACCCUCAUCAGCGUGGUCCAGAACGCAUUCUUCGCCCACAAGGUGGAACAUGAAAGCAAGAUGCAGAAUGGGAGAAGCUUCCAGAGGACUGGGACUCUUGCCUUUGAGCGGGUCUACACUGCCAACCAGAACUGCGUAGAUGCAUACCCCACUUUCCUUGUGGUACUCUGGACUGCGGGACUACUUUGCAGCCAAGUUCCUGCCGCCUUCGCGGGACUGAUGUAUUUGCUUGUGAGGCAAAAGUACUUUGUCGGCUAUCUGGGAGAGAGAACUCAGAGUACUCCCGGCUACAUAUUCGGCAAGCGGAUCAUCUCAUUUCUGUUUCUCAUGUCCCUUGCUGGGGUACUCAACCAUUACCUCAUCUUCUUCUUCGGGAGCGACUUUGAGAACUACAUAAGAACUGUAACCACCACAAUUUCCCCUCUGCUUCUCAUCCCCUGAUGGCUGGAUACAGAGUGGGCCGAUCACCGAUCAAUAGAGAGGCAUUAUAAUUCAACCCUCUGAAGGUCUCUGCUCCUCCUCAGCUGUAGAUGUUGUAAAUCUAGUGGCCCUCUGGGCUCCACAGCAUCAGUUAACCUUGCUUUUCCGGGAAGAAAAUAAUUUUGUGUCAGCUCCGCCCCUUGAACAUGGCAGUGGCCCGGGAAUUAUUGUCUAGCUCCAUCCUGCCCUUCUCCUGGCUUGUUGUGCUCUCUGAAGGUGUCUUGUGACCAGACGUGUGUUUUCCUAAA